GUAAUUUGGGUAAUUCUAAGAUAAGGUAUUGUGUAAGUCACUGAAAUAGCAGUGAGAUUUCUAAUAAUGAUGACUGUGUUAGGGCUGUUCUUCUAAGAAAUGAUACUUGUUAUACAACCUUGGGUGUCCAUGGAGUAGAAAACUGGAUUGACUCUUUAUGAAACCACUAUAGUCCAUGAAAUUCUUAUCUUAAAAAUACACUGUGGGUAUUUCUUGUCCUUUGUUUCCUCAAAAGCUAAAGUCAUGAAAAAUUGCAGUUCCUUUGGAAGUAAUUAUAUUUCAAUUUAUUCAGAGCUUUAAUGUUCAAAAUGCCAAGCACAAUGUUUGUCAGGCACUAAUGGCUUAAUAAAUGUUUAUUAAAUGAAUGAAUGGUCAGCAAUUCUCCAGGAAAUUGCUAGCAGAGUAGCUCUUUUAUGAUCGGAACACUAGCUAGAGUUCAGUCUUUGUAUGAUAAGACAUGUACAGAAUGAUGUAUAUGUAGUAUUUUAAAUUAAUACGUUUUAUGCUUUAUAUUUUCAAGUUAGUUGACUUCAUGUGGUGACAGGAGGAUGUUGAUCACUUCGUGUUUUUAAUCGCCACUGCUACAGUGGUUAUUUUGCAUGAUAAUAUUUUACUUUGGGCCCUGGAGAUUCUUAUGGCUAUUGUUUACUGACAGCAACAACAAAGAGUUGUGUAUGGAUCCUGGUUUGAUCAUGCUUUAAGCUGGGAAGAGCACAAAAAUGAUAAGAACAUUCUAACAAUAUUCUAUGAAGAAAUGAAGAAAGAUCUUUCUAAAGGCAUAAAGGAAAUAGCUACUUUCCUCGGUGUACAUAUGAGUGACAGUGAAAUUAAUAAUAUUGCUUGGAAAACAUCAUUCAGUGAAAUGAAAAAUAACUCAGCCAGAGAAAACUAUGAUCCAAAUCAAACCGUCUGUGCCCUCACAUCUAAUAGGAAGCUGGUGUUUAGGAAAGGAGCAGUGGGUGAUUGGAUAAACUACUUUACUUCAGAGCAGAAGAGAGUAUUUGAUGAACUAUUCACAGAGAAAAUGAAACACAGUGAAUUGGCAAGACACUUGGAGGAUUCUUCUUAAUAUAAACGAGAAAUGAAACCAAUUUCCAUUUUAUGUGAUGCAGGGUUUGGGGACUAACUAAAAAUUUUUACCAAUGUGGAAAGCAGAUCUUUCUUUCUGUGAGAAACAGACACUUUAUGAAAGUGUCAGUAGUGUUAUGUGUGAGAGACUAUUAUUAUCACAUUUUGUGAGAGCAGAGAAUUAUUAAUAAAAGGAAGGAUAAAAUUUUUGAAUGGUUGAAUUACAUAUCUGUUCUCAGGAUAUUCAGUAAGGCAAGGAGAUUACUUCUAUUCAGAAAGAGCAUGUUACUGUUGAUGCUCUAUAAGCUGCAUUAAUUUACAAGAAAAGAGUUGAGGGAUUAUCUAAAAUAACAAACCUCUGAGAAGAAUUUAUUUUUUGCCUAUUUGAACAAUCAUG